AUCAAAAAUGUUCGAUCAAUUUUGAAUGAAAUAUCCCCUCAUAAUAUGCCUUCAAUAAUUCAGCGUUUUAAGGCAUUGCCUAUUGACAAUAUGUAUUGUCUAGAGAAAACUGUUGAUUUAGUUUUUGAAAAGGCAAUUGAAGAACAAUGGUUUGCCCCUCUUUGUGCAUCUUUAUGUUCAGCUAUGAAAUCCUUACAAGUAAUUUCUAAUAAUGGUAAAAAAGCAAUGUUUAAACAUUUGAUUGUAAAUAAAUGCCAGAGCCUAUUUGAAUUAGACAAAGAUCAAGAAAUGGAAUCUGCUAAGAAAUAUACUAAAAUCCAUUUGUGCAAAGAUCAAGAAAAGAAAAAAGAACUUCAACUAGAGUUUUUAGAACAUAAAAGAAAAUUAUGCAAACGUUCUGUAGGAAAUUGCCAGUUUAUUGGUGAAUUAUUUAAGCAAAAUUUUCUUCCUCCAAUUAUUAUGUUGUUAUGCGUUCAGAAUUUAUCUACUAAAUAUGCCGAAGUACCACUCGAGUGUUUAUGUAAUCUAUUAAAGACUGCCGGAAAAGAAUUGGAACAAUUUUAUGAUUUAAAUGAUACCUUUAAAAAACUUCAAGAUUUAACUAAUACAAUAAUUAAACCCAAUAUUUCUUUAAGAAUAAUGUUCAUGAUACAGAGUAUCAUUAAUUUAAGAACAAAUAAGUGGAUACCAAGUGUUGAUAAUAAACCCAAAUUGGUAAAUUAUGUCAACAAUAAAGCAUUUAAACAACAAUCUACAUCACUAGCUUUUAAUAGAUCUGACAAACGAGAUCAUCGUGGUGAUAAAAAAUGUAGGGAUGGUGAAAAUAAAAAUGGUCGUCGAGGAAAUAAGGAAUUGUUGAAUGUUGAUAAAAAUAAUUCUAAGUAUGAACAACAAAAUUACGCUAUUGACCAAUCUAAACUACAAGGUUUUAAGGAAAACACAUCUGUGACAACCUUAGGUCCAUCUAGUUGGUCAUUUUCCACUGAUAAAAAUAUAAAAUUUGCAAGCAGUCGCCCAUAUGCUGUACUAAAUUAUGAUAAAAAUUCUUUAAAUUCUCCACCAAUUACAUCAAAUAAUGACACAUUUGAAAAGCUAAUUAUAUCAGAUUCUGAAGAAAGACAAAGAGUGAUGUCUGGAAUGACAUUUAGUGUAGCGAGUUUGAAGCCUCAAUUUGCUCAACCAACUCCUUUGAUAAAUUCUUCAAGUUCACAACACAAGGACACUAUCAAAGAACAUAUUUUAAAACUAGACUUUGCGAAAUGUGAAAAUUUAAAAUAUGAGAACCUUGAUGAAUCGUCCAACAGUCAAAAAUCGUCUUCAGUUACUAUUUUAUUGCCCCCGAAACGGACAAGGUUUACAAGCAGUAACUUAUAUGGUGUUCCAAAAGAUGAUAAGGAAUCAUUCAAUACUCCACAAGUGAUAUCAAAUAACGCAAUAAAGAAGCCAAUAUUAUCAGAAACUGAAGAGAACCAAAGGAUUAUGUUUGGUGUUGCAGGUCUUAUGCCGCAAUUCACUCAAUCUACUCUUUCUUUAAAUUUUUCUGAGAAAGCAGAAGAUCUAGCGUUAGAAUUGGACUCUGUAGUUGCGUAUACAAUUAAUAUUAAAUGUAGAAGAAUUCUUCUAGAAUUUGAGCAACUGCAAAAUUUAGAUAAUAUAAUUCAUUUACUAUCAAAAGAUGAAUCAUCAGUAUUCCGCACAAGGCAUGAAGAGUUUGUGAAAUCAAUGUCACUUAUAACAUUAGAUAGUAAUCCUAUUGCCCGAACAAAGGUGGUAGGAAAGUUUUUUGCAGAACUUUUAAAAAAAAAAAUUCUUUCUAUGGUAGCCAUCAAUCAAGGAAUUAAUGCUGUUCUUAAAUAUUGGAAUGAUUUUUUGGUGGAUUACCUUCAAUUUUUCUCCUAUAUUGCUGCCAUUAUAGCUCCAUCAUUAUUAUCACAGAAUGCUUCCUUUGAUUUUACCAAUUUAAAAGAUUCUUGUACAUCAAUACGACCAGACAAUUCUAGUUUAUUUUUUAUAGAAGUUUUAAAUAAAAUUCAUGGUUCUGAAGAAACGCAGAAUAUUAAAGAACAACUAGGUGGUAUAUUAUGGAUUUACAAUAAGUGGAGGACUUCUGAUAAUGUUACUAUUGACGUAUUUAUGCCCAAUAACCAAAUAAAUAAAUAUUUGAAAAAUAAUCUAAUUGGUGUCUUCCUUUUAUCUAUUGCUAUGUAUGAUAAAAUUAAGCCAAAUGAUUGUGACCUUCUGUACGACAUAAUGCAUAGUUGGAUAAAUAUUAAUAUAAGUGCAGAAAUAAUAAAACGCCCUCAGUUUGUGCUAGCAUUAACUAUAGCUAUUGUCAUGGUUAUAUGUUCCAAACCAAAUCAUUCAUACGAGGAUUUUUUUAAUUAUGUUCAUGUGAAAUUGUUGAACUACUAUAUUCGAUUUGAACCACUUCUAGAACUUGAAAUCCAGGAACGAGAAGUUCAGUGUCUGUGCGGCAUUCAGUUAAUGUCUGCGUCACUUCAACAUCCAAGAGGAAUGGCAUUGAAACUUUUCCAUAAGCUCUAUCAGGAUGGAGUAAUAAGUAAAGAAUCGUUUGAACUAUUCAUAAAAAAAUAUGAAGAAACUACUGAUCUGUAGUGUACCCUUGAUAAUAUAAAAUAUAUCAUCUAUGAUUAAACCAGCACCAACUUACAGCUGUGUAUAUACAUCAAUUGAUAAAAUAUUCUUCAAUUUAUUUUAUAUAAUUGUAGAUGCUAUGUUAUG